AUGGCCGAAUCCAUUACCGAAGGUACCCUCAAACAAUUCUCGAAACAGGUCGGCGACUACGUUGAGCUGGACGAGGAGAUUGCCACCAUCGAGACCGACAAGAUCGAUGUCGCAGUCAAUGCGCCUGCGGCUGGUACCAUCAAAGAAUUCUUGGCAAACGAGGAGGAUACUGUGACAGUUGGUCAGGACUUGGUCAAGCUAGAUCUUGGCGGCGAGCCUGGCCAGUCAUCAGAGAAGGCAAAGGACGAGCCCAAGUCACCAGCAUCCGACGCACAAGAAACCUCUUCCCAACCAGAAGGUGGAAAGGAGGAAUCAAAGUCUUCGCCAGCACCACCACCCAAGCAAGAAGAAAAGAAGCCGGAACCACCAAAGCAAGAGUCGAAGCAACAACCGCCAAAGCAAGAGUCAAAACCUUCGAAACCUUCGCCUGAAAAGCUGCCUACUGAGCAAAAACCCAAGGUCGAGUCACCAUACGGUAGCCGUGAGGAGCGCAGAGUGAAGAUGAACCGCAUGCGUCUCCGUAUCGCCGAACGUCUGAAGCAAUCGCAAAACACCGCCGCCUCCCUCACCACCUUCAACGAAGUCGACAUGUCCGCCCUCAUGGACAUGCGCAAGCGCUACAAGGACGAGAUCCUCAAGAACACCGGCGUGAAACUCGGGUUCAUGAGUGCCUUUUCCAAAGCCGCCAUUUUGGCUAUGAAGGAUAUCCCGGCUGUCAAUGCUAGUAUCGAGGGUCCGGGUGGUGGGGAUACGAUUGUGUAUCGGGAUUAUGUGGAUGUUUCCGUAGCGGUGGCGACGGAGAAGGGGUUGGUGACGCCUGUGGUGAGGAAUGCGGAGGCGUUGGAUCUGGUGGGGAUUGAGCAGGAAAUUGCGAAUUUGGGAAAGAAGGCCCGCGAUAACAAACUCACCAUCGAAGACAUGGCUGGCGGCACCUUCACCAUCUCCAACGGCGGCGUCUUCGGCUCGCUCAUGGGUACGCCUAUCAUCAACUUGCCACAGACUGCUGUGCUCGGCCUGCACGCCAUCAAGGAUAAACCUGUCGCUAUCAAUGGAAAGGUGGAGAUCCGACCGAUGAUGUAUUUGGCGUUGACGUAUGAUCAUCGGUUGUUGGAUGGACGGGAGGCGGUGACGUUUUUGGUCAAGAUUAAGGAGUUUAUUGAGGAUCCGAGGAAGAUGUUGUUGGCAUAG